GGAGUGCAGCUGCAACUUUCCGUGAUAGACAUGAAACAAUUGAACACAAUAAAUAAUAAAUAAAAUUCAUCAAGUUCAUAUAAGUGCCGACUCCUCAAGCUCCACCGUCCAACCGGCCAGUAGCCGCCGCCCGACGGCAGUCCUGCCGCCAUUUAUACCUCGGUUUUUUCCACUCUUUUACGCUCUGAUUUCCCGUUUCUGUUGGAUUUCAAUUUUUCCUUCGAAAAACGGCUGCUGGAAGUUUCGGGUUUAUCUCACUGUGGAUAAAGAGUAACACACAUGAAUAGCAGCAGUAACAGACAGAGAAACCUUGGGGGUGGGGUUCAAUACAUAAUGGACUAUCUGAAACGAAUGCAAGCAGAGAAUCCAGCUUUCUUUUACGCAAUUCAGGGUGAUAAUGAAGAAUCCACAGGAAAUAUUUUCUGGGCCAGUGCAACUUCAAGGAUGAACUACAACUACUUUGGGGACACUGUUAGAGUUGAUACAGCUUAUAAGACUGACCACUAUAAGGUACCUUUUGUCACAUUCACCGGUCUAAAUCAUCAUGCUCAGCCCGUCCUUUUUGGUUGUGCAUUGCUUCUCAAUAUGUCUGAUGAUUCAUUAAUCUGGCUCCUCCAAACAUGGCUCCAAGCAAUGUCCGGACGCCACCCUGUCUCCAUGAUAACUGACCCUGAUCAACUCAUUCAGAUGGCAGUGGCGCGAGUUCUUCCAGAAACACGCCAUCGCUUUUGUAAAUGGGGUAUAUUUAGAGAAACACAGGAGAAACUGGUGCAUGUAUGUCAAACAAGUCCUACAUUUUAUAUUGAGUUAAAAAAAUGUGUCAAUGAAGUUGAGACAGCUGAGGAGUUUGAGUCACAGUGGGCAGCCCUCCUGGAGAGAUUCUACGUCGUGGAUAAUGAAUGGCUUGAGGCUAUGUAUAAUGCACGUGAACAGUGGGUCCCUGUCUAUAUGCGGGACGUGUUUUUUGGGGAAUUGUUCCGAGUGGAACACAGUGAGACCAGAAAUUCAUUCUUUGAUGGGUUUGUGGAUGCAUCCACCACUAUACAAUCAUUCUUUAAACAAUAUGAACAGGCUAUAUCAGGCUGGCAUGAAAAGGAAUUGAAGGCAGACUUUGAUACUACUAAUACUGCACCAGUUUUGAAGACGCCCUCACCUAUGGAAAAACAAGCUGCUAACCUCUACACAAGGAGGAUAUUCAUGAAAUUCCAAGAAGAAUUGGUCGAGACUCUUGCUAAUCCUGCAACUAAAAUUGAUUGCUCAGGAACAGUCACAACAUAUCGGGUAGCCAAAUUUGGGGAAGAGCACAAAGCGCACACUGUUCAGUUCAACGCAUUUGAGAUGAAAGCUAACUGUAGCUGUCGGAUGUUUGAAUUUUCGGGUAUCAUUUGCAGACAUGUACUAUCAGUAUUUAGAGCAAAAAACGUUCUUACACUCCCUACUGAGUAUGUAUUGAAACGUUGGACAAGAAAUGCAAAAAGUGGUGGUGGAGAUGGUAUGAGUGAACAUGCUUCCCAGCUGCCUUGUAAUUAUAGGGAGUCUGUAAAUGUUCGUUAUAAUAAUCUACGCCAAGAGGCUGUAAAAUUUGUAGAAGAAGGUGCAAAAUCCAUACAUGUAUAUAAUGUUGCAAUGCAUGCUCUACAAGAGGCUGCAAAGCAGGUUGCUGCUGCUAAGAGUAAAAGUCCUGGAGCCACGCAGGGAACCAAUUUUGCAAAUGGAAGCAAUCAAGAAAAUCAUGGAGGCAAGGAAAAUCAAGCAGCAUCAUAUUUAUCCAUGGUUAGAUACUUCAGACUUCCUUUCUCUUUCUACACUACAAGGAAUUAUCAUGUUAACUUCCUAGAGUCUAGAGAUUGUAUAUUCUGUUAUUUCUUACUCGUUUUAGUUUUUUGUGGUGUUACAAUUAAGGAAAAUGUAGAUAUGAAUGCUCUUAAGUGGUCCUAAAUAUGAAGCACUUAAAUUUCAUGAAUUUC